AUGCCCACUUUUAAUGACAAUCUUUUGCUCUUGUUUGAUGAAGGCGAUGCUGGUCUGCUCCGUUUUGGACCAGUGUUGAAUACUCUGGUCAACUCUGGGUUUCUAAUGGAUCUUGUCUCCUGGGGUAUCGGGUCGGAUUUCCCCGCUAAAGACGUGAAAAUUUUUGUUCUGAAUAGCUUAUUGCGCGAAUUUGAGUUUCUCAUAAGCCAGGCAAAGCAACAACUUCUCUAUUCUAACGGCAUUACUCAACCACUGUUAAAGCUUCUUGAUCAGUGUCCUGUUGUGAGCCUCAGCUUAAGUCGUCUACUUCACACUUUGUGUGUGCUGAUGUGCCGAGAUCCCCUUCUUCUAGAAUUCACUAAACAGGUAAAUGUGUAUAGCGCACAUGUUUGUUUCGCUUUUUUGGGCUUUUCACUUCUCAAUGAAUCGAAUUGGAGUAACGUGUCGACUGUCUCGCGAGAUGUAACACGCAACGAGUAUCUCAUCUUCUCAAAUCUUGUGCCUUUACUACAUUUGCAAGGACCCGUCGGCAAUCAUGCUCGUGACGCUCUUCUCCUUAUCCUUGCACUCUCAGAUCGUGACCCCGAAGUGGCUGCUUAUCUUACCUCACAAUCUGAUAUCUGCCCGGUAUGUUUUCCAGUUGAUGAAACUAAAGUUUUGGCUACGGGUCUAAGUGCGCACUACUCCUGCCUUCCCAAACGCCUCGUCCUCAACGGCUCCGACGGCUAUCCUAGUGGCGGUGAUAGGGGGCGAUCUACCGAAACACUUCGGGUCCAUGGUGCUGGCUGGCACCGAAUAACCAAACCGGAGUGGUCCGCCUGUGAGCCACUCGUGCAGUUUCUGCAGACUCUUGACUUUUGCAAUUUGGCCAUUCGGAAAACAGUAGACGAGGUGACUGCCGCGGAGGCCUAUCUGGAAUUGUUUUUACGCCGACUGACAGAGCCAGCGCUAAUUGGCUUGUUUCUGCGUUUCAUUGUCGCUUCAGAUCAAGACAGCUCCUCGGUUCUAUCGUCCCUAAUCACCAGAAUAAAUGCCAGCUCAACGCUCGGUCUGGUAACUCUUUCGCUCUUCCGGACAAUCCUUAAUCUCAAUUGCGAGGAUGUUAUGUUUCUAGUUGUAUUUCAAUACAUCAACGGGUUGGAUUUUGCCCCAAAACGAGUCGUCAGUGGAUGCCUUACUUCAUGCUCUGGAAAGGACAAUUCAAAGUAUAUUUCGGAUCCCGAUAACGAUUAUUGGUUAGCGUCAGCGCAGCGCUUCCUAAGACUGUCUGCCUGGUGCACUAGGUUCGCGGGAGCUGGAGACACAAACUCUCAAAGCGAAGACAAUUCUACUCAAUACCCGCCACCCAACCGCCUCGCCACAUGUCUCCUUGACUCACACCGCUUAAUCAAAUCUCGAACGUCGAGCACGGGCGUGUGGUCUGCUGAUUACUCCGUUGUUACCUCGCCUCAUCCCAACCACACUAAUGAUCCUCCUAACGCCCCAUUACACAGCACCCCCAUUCGAACACUCAUGACAUCCAGUUUAUGCAAUAAAGUGCAAACCGACAGGCAACCUGAGUCCUCCCUCAUUGAUCGGUACAAAUCGGAGUCGAAUAUUUACCAGCUU